UUGUUGUUUGUGAAUGCUAAUCAAAAGGUGUGUGAUUGCGGACAGUCAAAUGUCAGUUGAGGAAAAAUUAAAUUCGUUUGAAAAAUAAACACUUAUUGCAAAAAAACCUGCUAAUAGUGAAAUAACGCAGUAAAUAACUUAUAUCUAAUUCAUGUGAAUUUCUAUUGCAAAAACAUAACUAAAGUGAGAUUGUUAUGAAUUUUUGGUACAUUGGAUAUAGAAUUUUCCCUUCAGAUCAACUUUAAUGCAUAACUCAGAGUGAAUACUCAUACCCACAAGCCACAAAAUGAUGGAAGUUAAGCAGAGCGCACCGACCGACUUUAACAAGCUGGCAACAACGAGUAGUAAUGGCAAUCCCGAUGACUUGGAUGUCAUGUCAGAAUUGGAGACAACAAAACUGAAAAGUGAUUUAUUGAAUACAAACGAUCUGCCACAAAAUGGUUUAAUCGGUGACGUUUCAAACGGUUUCGCCGAUGGCGGCGAUGGUCUGGAUCUCGAUGAACUAAUUGAUUUAAAUGAGGCUGUCAAUCCUGAAUUGGAAGAGGCGUUGCUGCGUGAAGACGAUGAUGAUGACAGUGGUGCAAAUGUAGUUGAUAAAUUGCUGGCCGAGGUGGUGCCGAAAGCGGCUGCCGUGCUUGAUGAAAAAAAGGCUGACAAGGUCGAGGAUAGUACAACGCCUGCAACAGCUUGUCUGGAUAAUACAGGCGACGAUCUGGAUAAGUUAAUUUCGAAAAUUAAUGAUCUCGAAGAUUGCAUUGAGACAUCGUCCUCGGACAAGGAUGAGGCAGUGAGCAAAAUUGCGGUCACAGCUGAAGCAGCGGAAGCAGAAGUAACAGCAGAAACGUCAAAACAAGUAACAGAGAAGAAGGAAGAUGCGGUGAAGGUUGGAAAUGCCGAAAAAGGGAGUACGCCGGGUACGAGUGUUGCAAAGCCCGAAGUUAAUGAUGAUAAGGAGAAUGUCAAAACAUCAAACUCAAAUGAUGAGAGCAUUGAGGAUAUUGAUGGAGAGGAAAAUAAAAAAGUGGAGGAACAUGCAAAUAGUGAUAAAGAUAGCAUAAAUGAAGAUAAUGAUAAAAUCGAAGAAGUGGAAAAAGAAAAACAAAAAAUUAAUGCAGAAGAUACGUUAGAAAAGGAGCAAACUGAGAGCGACAGCUCAAAGAAAGACUGUAAACAAGUUAUUGAUGAGAUUAUAGAAAAAAGCGUCGGCAUUACAGCAAAAGAAUCAGAAUCAAACCAGAAAGUUAUAGAAGACACCGAAACGGAAGCUAAAGAAUUACAGAAAGUAUCAGCGGAAAACAGAAAUAUUGAAGAUAAAGAGUCCAUAAAAGCAGAUAGCACUAAUGCUGAGGCGGACCCAAUAGCUAUCGAGUUGCAAAGCAUUAAUGCUAAAAGCAAAUCGGGAGAGGCGGACGAUUCCGAUGAUGACGUUAUUUUCUUUGUGGGCAAGUCGGAAGCCAAGGAAACGAAGGAAAGCAUUGUUGAUACAAACAAAAAAGCUGACGGUCCAGCUGUCCAAUCAAUGGAGGUAGACGACGAUGAUGAUGUUGUGCUAUUGCUUGAUGAUGAUGAUGAAACGUCGUUGACAGGGGGAAAAAGCACGGACACCACAGAAAAGCCAAUCGCUUCUGAAAUUGGUAAAAGUGAGAGUGCAACAGACGAAACCAAAUCUAAAUUAGAUACAGACAGUGUUAAGACUGCAACUGAACAAAAAACGGAAAAAGGCGAAAGCGUGGCUGAUAAAACAGCGCUACAGUCAGACAACUCGGACAAUGCCUGCGACAAGUUCGAAAGUGAAAAAUCAGCGCCGACGCCACAAAGGGACGAUGAAACAAAAUCCAAAACUUCGGAAGCUGUCGAUGAGACAAACAGCAAUUGUAGUAGCAGCAGCAAUUUGUUACAAGAAACACAAACCAUAGAGAAAGCCGGUACAGCUGGUAGCACUGGGGACGACGAUGGCGAUGCAGCGGAUGAGCCGGAGAAUGAAGAAGAUGCCGACGAUGCCGAGAGCAGCGGCGCCAUAGAAUUAGUGGAGGACGAUAGUCGUGCCGCUGGCGAAGAGAAGGCAACUGAGCCACCGAACAAACGCUUACGCUUGAGUCUUGAGACUGAUGAGAGCUUAAAAGCCGAUGAAGAGUCACGUAGCAGCAAUAAAUCCUCCGAUUCUGCACCUAAACUUGAUCCGUUUGAGGUAAUCAAGAUUGCGGAGGACAGUAAUGACGGUGAGAAUAGUGAAAAGUCAUUGGGCGUGUCAACAGCUGUUGCAAUAAAGCGAACGCACGACGAGUUAGAACAGAAGAGCGCAGACGAAUCAACAUCCGAUGCGACGGAGGAAGUGGCAAAUAAAAAGACUAAAAUACACGAGUCUGUUACGAUCGAGGAAGCUAUAAAAACAGAAACAAUGAAUGUGCCCGAAAGCGGUGUGGCCACAGAUGAAAAGCUUGCAACAGAAAGCAAAGUGGCAAAAUCGGGUUUGGCGGAUGAAAAAAUCGAUUUCGGGAAAGUAUUGCCUCAACUUCGCGCCAUAGCUUCAGACAUUCCAAUUCCACUCUAUCCAGCACCCAAGCUCUUAAACGGCGAUGCACCCACGUUAAGUUUAGACUUCUUCAAACGGUUUCGCAAGAACUUCGACAAACUCACCAAAACCGAUUUGGAAGAGUUGGUGCUGCAGAAAGUAGUCGAAGCCAUCGUGCACAAAAGUGAGUUCGCCGAAAUGCGCGAAACUAUCGACAAGCAGGAGAAACAAAUCACAGCGCAUCGAGCAAAAAUCGCCGAAAUCUCGAAACAGUUUCGUGAUUUGGAAAUGGUGCACAAUCGUGUGUUAAAAGAUAUCGAAACAAAGAAUUCACAAUUCAUUAUGCCCGUCAAAAUUACUCGUGCCGUAGGUCUACAAGUCUACGUACCGAACAAGCGCGGCUCAGACGUUGUUCCAACCAAUACUCCCACCCAUGUGUCCACAUCACCACAACGUGGUCAAAUGCCACCACCGUCUUCGCCGCCGCGUCAGCCGAGUAGCACGCCUGAAACGCGGUCGGGUAAUUCCGCGCUGGCCUCAGCUGCGGUGGCAGCCUCUAUGAAUGCGCGGCGCGGUUGCGUACAAAAGGUAACACCACAGCGCCCUGUGGAUAACGGUAUGUCGCCAACACCACGUCCACCCUCAUAUCGCAUAAAUCCUGGAGUUUUGCAAACGGCGUUAACACAAGGUUCCCAAACUACAGCUCCUGCGGCGGCGGCGGCGUCGUCGUCACAACAAGCUGCCGGCAUGCCUCGUGUAUUGAACAAGGGUGUGGCGUCGGGUCAGCAACGGCUAGUGCGCUUCCCUACCAAUGAGCAAGUGCGUGCACAACAUUUACAACAACAACAACAAUACGCAGCGCGCCAGCAGGCGCAAAAUAACAUACGCAAAUUGGCUCCAAAGACCAAUGCUGUUGGUCCCUUACCCACGCAGCAGACACAGUUCCGACGUCCGGUCGAAGCGACGGCUGCCUCGCCUAACGCGUCCGUAGAUCACUACAUGAACCAAUUGAACCAAGCCUCGCCCGCAGUGGGCAGUGUGACAAUAGCUGCGGCCAAACCGAAGGAGAAAGCUGUCAUUGAUCUAACCGAUGAGGAUGAGGUUGCCAGCGCUGCGGCGACAACGACCCCUGUGCAGCGUGGCGUCAACACCAACACACAGAUCUUGAAUAAUAAUGCGCGCGCAGUGCCACCGCUAACGCGCAUGCCGCAUAAUUCACAGGUAGCAGUGCGUUCGACAGCGGUGAAUGUGCGUCAGCCACCGGCGGCAAAAGCGAACAACAGUGCGCUGAUGUCGAAUAUAACCACGCCGCCCGGCACCAGCAUUACGCGUGUACACAUAACUCCAGCGAAUAUGCCAGCAGCCGCACCGGUACGCAAAUACAAUCACCCUGCGCCACUGCCAAACACACCGCCGCAACCCUACAAUCCGGGCUGGAAGCUGCCACCGCCACGCCCCACCAUACGCAUCAGCAAUCUGGAGAACGGCAUUGUUAUCUCCUGGACCAUGGAAGAUUCCAUGGAGCGUUUUGCCGAGUGCGUCACCUAUCAAAUUUAUGCCUACCAAGAGACAUCGGGUCCGCCGGCGGUUGAUUCAUGGCGCCAUGUGGGCGAUGUGAAAGCGAUGUUACUGCCCAUGGCCGUCACGCUGACGCAGUUCCAAGAGGGUCAACGUUACUACUUUGCGGUGCGCGCAGUGGAUGAACAUAAGCGUCUGGGACCCUUUAGUUUACCCAAAACAUGGACUUAAGCAUGUGGCUAGGAGUUUUAAAUUUGUAGACACGUUAGUUAAGCAUAGGGAAAUAGAGAGAAUCGCUGAUUCAUAUUCGCAUGAGUUUUAAUUUUUUUUAUUUCAUUUUAUUAUUUUAUUUUUUAGAUCUAUUUUUCAGAUUAGUUAAGUGUUUUAAUUAUAGGCCUCACAACCUCAUAUUUAUUGUUUAUGAAAGCAGAAUUAACCGUUAUAUGCGAGUAUGUAAUAUAAAAAAUAUAAUUGUAGCUAAGAUAAGUUUCUUUUGAACUAAAAGCAAGAACAAAAACAAAAACACAAACUAACCUAUACAACAACAUCAUCACAGUCAGGCGUUUAGAGAAUUGCGUUAUAUACAUAAGUUAUUGUUUAUUUUCCACCCCCAAUGAUAAUGUUUCGGCGAAUUUCAAACCCCCAAUAAAUAGAAUAUAUAUGUAUGGUAUGUAGUCUAGAGCUAACGAAUUACUCGUAAUUCUAAAAUUAGGUCUCAAUUAAAACAAAUAUUAAUUAAAAUUGAAAUAUUGGCAUAUUUGAGUAUAUUAAUUGCAGCAUAUGUUUAACAUAAGUAUUUUUAAUCGAUAUUAAUAUAAAUAUUAUACCUAAUGACAUAGUUACAUAGUUCAGCAGAAAAAGCAAGAUAUUGAAAUUACACUCAAAAUAACACAAAACAAGCGAAUAAAUUUAUUUAAUUAAUGUA